AUGGACCUUUAUCAUGGUUUCAUCAUUUGGAUUCUUAUGGUUACAUUUAAAGGGGUGAGGACAAUUCAUCCAGAAUGUUCUAUAAUACUGCAUCUACAAGAAAAAGAAGCUGAAUGUCGGCUCAAAAUACAAACCAGUUCAAUGCAGUUUUUGUUCAACUCUAACGAUACUGAUACAGGUUGUCUUAUUGAGUGGGAUGGUGUGAACUGCUGGCCUACAGUCAGUGUUGGAGAGAGUGUCUCUGUGUCUUGCCCACCUCCUCUCCUGAAGUCCCAUGACUUCAUCAUCACCCGCACCUGCACUAGUCAGGGAUGGAGCAGACAGAGUGUGCCUUAUUACACUGCCUGCUUUCAAGACAACAGCACAGAACAGGAAGACACUGCUGGACAAAGACAAGAGUAUUUCGCCAUGGUAAAGUUGAUGUACACAGUUGGCUAUGGAGUGUCCAUUGGCUCUCUCUGCAUUGCAGUCUUCAUCUUCUGUAUCUUUAGGAAGCUGUUGUGUACACGGACAUACAUCCACCUCAACCUCUUCUCUACAUUUAUCCUGAGAGCUCUGGCUGUACUUAUAAAAGAUGCUGUGUUAUUCGCCGAUGAGACUGUCAAUCACUGUACCGUCUCUACGAUUUUAUGUAAGGCUGCGGUGGCAUUCUUCCAGUACUGUGUGCUAGCAAAUUUCUGUUGGCUGCUGGUGGAGGGACUUUAUCUUCACACACUGCUAGUGUUCACCUUUGCCCUCAAGAGGACAUUUUUCUGGUGGUAUACUCUUAUUGGCUGGGGAACUCCAUCUGUCACAGUAAUCAUCUGGACUUUCCUGAAACAUAAAUAUGACAAUCAGGGGUGCUGGGAUGACUUGGACAGUGGCUAUUGGUGGAUAAUCAAAAUUCCCAUUCUGAUUUCUGUAUUGGUGAAUUUUUUGGUGUUUGUUAAUAUAAGCAGGAUUAUUGUUGUGAAGACAAAAACCCCAGAGUCAAAUGGAGGAGACAGGCGACUUUACAGACGACUGGCUAAGUCAACUCUUCUACUCAUCCCUCUUUUUGGAGUUCACUACAUUGUGUUUGCACUGUUUCCCGAGCAUGUGGGUCUGGAGGCGAGGCUCUUCUUUGAACUUGUGCUAGGCUCCUUCCAGGGAUUCGUUGUGGCAUUGUUAUACUGCUUUUUGAACAGUGAGGUUCAGAAUGAAAUAAGCAAAGUGAUCGCAAAAUACAAGUCCCGAACUGAAAACAGCACUUUCCAAAUGGCAACCCAAGACUUCACAGCGUAAACCUGAGGAUAUUUUGUCACGAGUGCACUUCCUCUUGUUCUGGUUAUGUUGAAAUAACACUGUGAUGAUAAUGAAGUACACAAUGUUCUCACAAAUCACAUUUGAUCUCUUGGUCUUGUAAAAGACAUUGAAUUUGUUGUUAAAUCUCUGAGCUGGACUGUAGAUUAAUUUUUGCCUAUGCAAAAUUGCUUUGUUUUUUAAUCGUGUAUAAGCUAUACUGUAUAUGGACUAUUAUAUGUCAACAAAAGUGGUCACCAAAAUAUCACAAAAUGCACACAAGCACACUUUUCAACCAAAACAUUUCAGAAAAGUAAAUGUCCAUAAUAUGCACUACACCUGGGGUUACUGGGUUUGACUGGUUGGUUAAAAGUAAUUGCAAAAAUGGCAAGUAAACUUCAUUCUUCGUAAAAGGUCUAGCAUCAUUUCUUAGCAGAUGCCAGUUGGUUUGAUAUUUUGUUAUCUGAUGCAAAUACAUUCACAUUUUAAGUGUCGUUUAAAGCGAUAGU